AUGUCUGACCGCGGUUCUUCCAGAUCCCAUUCUCCAGCGAUGUCUGUGACCUCUUCAAAGGAUGUUGCGUCCAUGCAUUCCAGCAUUAGUGGUGAUUCGCGUUUGAACGAUCACAGGCAUCAGAACAUGACUCUUCCAGUCAAACAUGAUUCCAAACAUUACCAAGCGGAGGGCUCGCGGCCCACCCGUGUUGCGCCACAUCGCUCUAGCGUUGUGGAAAGACCAGGACUGAAUGAGCCUGUGGCAAGAAAGCCAGACCAGUUACUGGACUCUAGUGAAUUGAGAGACAGGAUGGUAGCCAUCGAUGAUGACGAAGAUGACUUCGCCAUCAAGAUUCCCUCCCAAAUGCCUCCGGUCCAGCAACGCCGGCGUUCUACCCGUUCCCGCUCCUUUGGUGAGCAUGUUAAAUCGCUUAUCAAGCCUCGUGAGGAAUCUUUCUCCGGAGGCAUUUUAUUACCAUCUAACCAUCCGAACACGGACAAAAACAUUACCAUUUCUUCCAAUAGCAACCUCGCUCGUACCAUUUCCAAGGCUAGCACCAGAAGCGACAGAUCUAGAAGACGUCCUAGUAAUAGCAACAUCAAAGAAAAGGACAGCGACAAUGACAGCGACAGAGACUCGCAUGCCUCCAAUGACUCGCAAGAGACAGAGGAAGAUGUGUGUUUUCCGAUGGUCCCUGAACACAUUCGUAUCCGUGGUAUUGACUUUGACGAGAUCGAGGAAUUCAUCAAAGAGCAGAGGGAGGAAAAUGAGACCUUCAUGAAGAGAGAAGAGGAUCUUAGACAAGACAACUACGCGUCCAGGGCAACUGGUUCUGAAAAAUUCAGCACCGCAGCGCUGAAAUAUACUCCACGCCCUGAUGAAAAGGACUCUUCGGGAAGCAAGGACACUUACGCUGUCACCGACAGCAGUGACAGCGAAGGCAAUGGUGUUACUUUUGAGAAACAGUUCCCUACCAAGGAGUCUGCUCCUCCAGACAGAUUUAGCUUUUUCUCGUCUGAGGACGAGGAAACGAUUCACGCUCCAGAUAUUCCCUCCCUGGUUCCUCCUGGAACUCCCUUCCAGAGCCUAUUCCAGCAGGAGGAGGCAAUUUGGUGGCUCGACUGCGUUUGUCCGACAGACAAUGAGAUGAAAAUGUUGGCCAAGGCUUUUGGCAUUCAUCCCUUGACUGCAGAAGAUAUCCGGAUGCAGGAGACCCGUGAAAAAGUGGAGCUCUUCAAGAACUACUAUUUCGUCUGUUUCCACACGUUUGAGACUGAUAGUGAGAGUGAAGAUUUCCUUGAACCUAUCAAUGUGUAUAUCGUUGUGUUCCGCAAUGGUAUACUCACGUUCCACUUCUCUCCAAUAUCUCAUCCGGCAAACGUCAGAAGGAGAGUGAGACAGUUGAAAGAUUAUGUUAAUGUGAGCGCCGACUGGCUCUGCUAUGCCUUGAUCGAUGACAUCACUGAUGGAUUUGCUCCUGUAAUCCACGCCAUCGAGUACGAGGCAGACGCCAUUGAGGAUUCUGUCUUCCUGUCCCGUGAAAGCGAGUUUGGAACAAUGCUGUUCAAAAUUGGAGAGAGCAGACGCAAGGUCAUGACACUGAUGAGGUUGCUACAGGGCAAAGCCGACGUUAUCAAGAUGUUUGCCAAACGGUGCCAGGACGAAGCCUUGACUUCACAAAACGCAGCACAGCCACGUGGAGACAUUGCUCUGUUCUUGGGUGAUAUUCAGGACCAUAUCAUUACUAUGUUUCAAUCGCUGUUAUCCUAUGAAAAGAUUUUCAGCCGCUCUCAUUCCAAUUACCUGGCCCAAUUGCAAGUCGAGUCCUUCUACUCUAACAAUAAGGUAACCGAGCUGCUCUCGAAGGUGACUUUGUUGGGUACCAUUCUUGUGCCUUUGAACUUGAUUACGGGUCUUUUCGGAAUGAAUGUCAGGGUUCCAGGACAGGAUGUCAAUAAUUACCAUUGGUUUGGCGGUAUUAUAGGAUUUAUUGUUUUCGUGGUGUGUGCGGCCGGUUUGGGAUCUGCUUACUAUCUGCGCCUGCUUAGGAGAGAUCCGUCUGAUAUGAGACUCACGACCAAGUCGAUCAGAAGCUUUCAUUUCGGACAUCGGCGUAACACGGAUCCCGUGAGAGGCCGCAGUAAUCGGUCUAUGGUGAGCCUUCCAUCUAAGUUCACCCGAUAUGCUGGAGAUUGGUAG